CUACCUAUACAUUUAAGUGCUGGUUUUGCUGGCUCCACCAUUUCAUCGUCCCCGUGAAUCCUCCGGAUACCAUCUUGCAGCCGGGUGUUUCACCAGGAGAAUGCUGGCCCAUGCAGGGACAUCAGGGCCAGGUUGUCAUCAGGUUGCCAGCUGAAAUCCUGCCCGCUUGUGUCACUCUGCGACACGUCGACCCAGAGCUGACUCCAGCUGGCUUCUCCAGCAGCGCCCCGGGAGAAUUUGCUGUCUUUGGACUGGAUGUGGACAGCGAAGAGGAGGUUCCGCUUGGCUCAUUCAGCUUUAAUGUGCGGAAAGCACCCUUACAGACCUUCCUGCUUGAGAAUAAUCAUUCCAGAGCCUUUCGCUACAUCAAGGUUCUGGUGAAGAGCAACUGGGGACAUCCAGAAUACACCUGCAUUUACCGAGUGCAGGUGCAUGGGAAGGUGGUGGAAAAAAUGGCCGUCUGAAAUUGGACUUGUAAGAUCAGAAAUUGGAUAUGGAAGAUCUAAAAUUGAAUAGGGAAGAUCUGAAAUUGAAUAUGGAAGAUCUAAAAUUGAAAAUGAAGAUCUGAAAUUGGAUUUGUGGUCAAAAAAAUAAAGACAUUAACAUCA